GAGGUCCAACGUAUGCUUUACGUGGCACCGUAGGCUUUUCAGUCAUCUGCGGAUGUGGCCAAACGUUAUACACAUUUCUUUAUAGAUAUCGCCAAAGACUCAUUCUCGAGAGCAUGUCAUCAUCUGAUUUGCGAGUCAAUCCAACACAACCAGAGCCGGAACAUCAAGUUGGGGGUACUAUAGUUGAUCGAAUGUUUGAUCAGUUAAGUCGAUUGAAAUGGACUCCUGUCAGAAAACUGAGUGACGAGGAGUAUGAGGCUUUGUUAAGGAAGAAAUUAGAGACUAUCGAUAAGGAGUUAGAAAUAUAUGAAAUAAAGGAGAAGAUGACAGUGAAGGGAGAUAACAUUAGAGAAUAG